CCCAUACCCCGGACUAUACUAUAUACUAUACUAUUAUACUAUAUCAUGUUCCUCAAAGACACCCAAGAGCUCGAGGCCGAAGUCGCCCAGCUCGAAUCGCGCCUCCAAGAUGCCCGCGCGCAACUAGCAGCCUCCGAAUAUCCAAGCCCACCAUCUUCACACCCCAACAGCUGGGUAAUGAAAGAACCAUCCACAUAUAAACAACCUCAACAAAAUAAGAAAUUCACCUCCGACACAAUCCGCUCCUCCCUCCACGCUCUCCUCCUCCUCUCCGACUCCGCCCUCCCACUAGGCUCAUUCGCAUACUCCAGCGGGCUGGAGUCCUACCUCGCCCACAACAAACCCGGCCGCUCCCAGUCGCCCGUCACAUCCUUCCACCGCUUCCUCAAAUUAUCCAUCGCCUCAAUCGCAAGCACAUCCCUACCUUACGUGCUAGCCGGGUACAGAAACCCCGAAACCCUCGAAACACUAGAUAACGACCUCGACGCAUCAACGCCCUGCAUCGUUGGACAGCGCGCGAGUAUCGCACAAGGCCGCGCCUUGAUUGGAGUUUGGGAACGCGCGUUCCGGGUUUCGUUUGCUAGUCCUGAGAACCCCGCUGGUCGGGAGGCUCAGGUGGCUGUGACGGCCAUUGAUGAUUUAUCCGAUGCGCUCAAGGCAUCGAUGGAUGAGGACGAUUUAGGGCCUAAGGGGCAUUUUGCGCCGUUAUGGGGCGUCGUGUGUCGGGCUAUGGGGCUUGAUUUGCAGGAGACGGCGUAUGUGUUUGUGGUUAAUCAUGCCAAGGCGGUGUUGAGUGCUGCUGUGCGGGCUUCGGUUAUGGGGCCGUAUCAGGCGCAGAAUGUGCUUGCUAGUCAGAGUUUGCAGGAUACUAUUUUGAAGCGGAUUGGGAGGGAGUGGAAUACGCCUGUUGAGGAGGCUGGGCAGGUGGUGCCUGCGUUGGAUUUGUGGAUUGGGAGGCAUGAGUUGUUGUAUAGUAGGAUCUUUAACUCGUGA